CCUUGUAAAAGAAGAAUCGGUUCCAUUUCUAAACGCCGCCCAAACUUGCAUAAGAUAAACUGCGUUCAGCAUCAGAUUCUAUUAGUCGUCGCGGUCUUCUAACAUCGACUGCGACUUGAGAGACGAAGAGAAUGGAGCAGGAGGUUGUUAAGCUCCGUUGCCACCGAAUCGGCUGCAACGCCACCUUCACCGAAGACGAUAAUCCCGAAGGUUCCUGUCAAUAUCAUGAUGCGGGACCUAUAUUUCAUGAUGGAAUGAAAGAAUGGAGUUGUUGCAAGAAAAGAAGUCAUGAUUUCACCUUAUUUUUAGAAAUUCCUGGAUGUAAGACAGGUAAACACACAACCGAGAAACCUGUGUUAGCAAAGGUUACUGCAAGUCCAAAGAAGCCAAUUCCUCCUCCCACUGCAGCUACCACAACCAACUUGUCCUCUAAGGAAUCUUGUCCUAGGUGCAAGCAGGGAUUUUUUUGCUCAGAUCAUGGUUCCCAAGCAAAGCAAGCUCCACUUGCUAGAAGCAAUGUGGGUACGCAAGGGUCCUCUGCACCUCCCAAGAAGGUAAUUGACAUAAAUGAGCCCCAAACUUGCAGGAAUCGGGGUUGUGGUAAAACUUUCAAAGAAAAAGAUAAUCAUGAAACUGCCUGUUGUUACCAUCCAGGGCCUGCUAUUUUUCAUGAUCGGUUGAGAGGGUGGAAGUGUUGUGAUAUCCAUGUAAAGGAGUUUGAUGAAUUCAUGAGCAUUCCACCUUGUACCAAGGGAUGGCACAAUGCUGAUCCAGCGUCUUAAGCUUCGCAAGAUGAAGUACACCUUUGCUAUUCCUUGUAUUUGAAAAUUUUGUUCUGACGAUAUAUUUUCCUAUCUGGCUGUUCCACUAGCAUUAAACUUUCUUCUAGUGGGCUUUUCUUUUGAUCUCCAUUUUCUCAUGUCUUUCACCUUGAAAACUGUUUUGAACUCCUGCUUUUGGUGAAGGAACCUGGCCAUUAAAAAGUUGCUACUUUUGUUCCA